CCGCGCUCCCGUCGCCGCCGUGUACCUAUCUGCUGUAAGCUGUCCGCCGGUUCAAUGAAGUGCAUCCGCGCGUUGGCUGUGUUCGCCGCCGCCUUGGCCACUGGCGUGGCCGCAGACGACGAUCCGGCCUACUACUGCGACUCGGACGCCUACUGCGAGAAGAACUACCCCGGCACAGCCUGCAUCUCCGUCAACGUCUACGGCGACGUCGUCUCCAAGUGCACGCCCAACACGGCCAAGCGUCCGGCCUGCCGCGGCGCCACGCCCGGCCUGUGCCCGUCCUACCAGAGCGCCGACAUCGGCUACCUAAACGCGCACUGCGUCUUCGUGUCGGAGGAGAACCUGUCGCUGUCGUCCAGUGGCAGCGCCGCCAGCAGCUCCGGCUCCGGCCGCCGUCGCCUCAUGGGCAUGGCCUCCAACUCCUCGUCGGCUGCCGCGGCUAGCAGCAGCACAGCCACCUCGGCUGCGUCCUCUACCACAUCCUCUGGAUCUGCGGUAACGUCUGCUACCUCCUCGGGUUCUACGACAAGCAGCGGCAGCGAGGACUCCGCUGCCACCGAGAGCGGCAGUGGCGCUAGCGGCAUGUUCACCACUACGAUCGACGGAGAGGAGGUGACCGGCCAGUUCGUGUGCCUGGACGUCUCCGACUGCGCCAAUAAGGCCGCCGACCCCACCACGUGCGAGCCCACCACUUGCCAAUCUCCCAACUCCAAGGAGGUGUGCAGCUACCACGGCACGUGCACGUACAAAAACAAGAAGAAAAUCACCAAGCGCGCCUGCAUGUGCUACGCUGGUUUCGACGGUGACAAGUGCGAGAAGGAAGUGUCGAACGCGUGCGACGUCGACUGUGGCGCCGGUGGUGACUGUGUGGAUGGCGAGUGUGUGUGCAAGGAGGGUUUCGAUGGCAAGGAGUACGACGGCAAGCAGGGCAAGCCCAACCAGCGCUGCACCCGCUGCACGAACGACCUCGCCUGCCAGAACGACAACACGUGCAACACUGAAACGGGCAAGUGCAUCUGCGGGCCUGGAUACACUGGUGAUACCUGCGGUGCGACGGAGGACUCGUGCACGACCCGCACGGACUGCGGCAUCGGUGCCUGCCAGGUUCUUGCCAAUGGCUCGUCGGCCUGCUACUGCCCCAUGUGCAGUCCUACGUGCACCCUUUGCGACAUGGACAUCAACUCCACCUUCGACUGCUCGACGUGCCCCACCGACGGCGCUUCAUCCAUGCAGUCUUCCAAGCUGCUGGUGUUCGCCUCGAUGUUCGUCGCGGUCAUGCUCGCCAACUUGGCUCUGUAAGGGAGUCGCCACUCGAAUAGUAGUACGGUCCUCCAGGACGCGCGGGGCUGCUUGCAGCACUAAAUACGUAACAUGAUCAUUUACUUUACGAUU